ACGUUUGAAUUGAAAUUUAUUUUGCUUUAAAAUAUUUAAUAUAAAAAGAUUUAGUUGUAAAAUAUACAUAUAAUAAAAUACAAAUAUAUUUUCCAUAAGAUUAUAAACUUGUAAAAAACAGUUAUUUAAAAAAAUUGAAUAAAUAAAAAAAGAAACUGCUUUAGAGUAAUAGAACCUAAUAAUAAUAUUAAGCUAUUCUACAUUUUAAAAAUUUGUAUUUCGUUUGAAAUGAGUGACGAUAUUUUAACAACUAUAAAAUUACUUAUUAUUGGCGAAAGUAACGUUGGCAAAUCAAGCCUAAUGCUUAGGUUUACAGAAAAUGAUUUUGAUGAAGACCAAACAUUAACUAUAGGAGUCGAUUUUAAAACUAAAAUCCUUAAUAUAGAUGGAUCUAACGUUAAAUUAGCUAUAUGGGAUACUGCAGGACAGGAAAGAUUUCGAACUCUGACACCGAGUUAUUAUCGUGAUGCACAAGGUGCAAUAUUAGUUUACGAUGUAACAAAACGUAGUACCCUGCAAAAGCUGGACGCUUGGUUAAAUGAGUUGGAAAUAUACGGAACAAGACCAAAUAUGGCAAAAAUGGUCGUAGGGAAUAAAAUUGAUCUACCUAGAGAAGUAUCAAGAGAGGAUGGUUUUAAAUUUGCAAAAAGGCACAGAAUUUUAUUUUUAGAAACUUCAGCUAAAACCAGCGAAGGUGUGAAAGAUGUGUUUGAGGAAGUUGUCAGAAAGAUUAUUGAAACUGAUGGAUUAUGGGAACCAAGGUCAUCACAAAACAACGGUGUUGAUUUAAACGCAGAAGAUGUUGACAAUAAUUCAUCUUGUCCAUGUUAGAUUUAUAAGUAAAUAUUUGAUUUAUCAGGUUUGUUCAUGAAAUUAAAAUUUCCCUUUUUAUUUGAAUAAAGUAAAUUCUGGUGAAAAUAUAAUAGAAAAAUUUUACAUUAGUAUUAAGAUGAAUAGGUUAUAUACAUAUUAAAAGUAAAUUAUACAUCUUGAAAUAUCCAUUUAAAGAACACAAUUUCUUGUAAAAUGUUUACAGUGGAACUGAAAUAUAAUUGAACGGAAAUAUGUUUUAUGAUUUAUAUACGUUUUUCUUAUAUUGUUUAGAAAGUGAAAAAAAAAAUUUGUGCAGAAUGUAAAUGUAAUCUCAAUCUUAAAUAUUUUUGAUAUAUGUACAAACUUGACUCUUAUAUUUGUUUUUAAUUACAUUUAAAUAUUUCUUUUGUGUUUUAAAAAUAUAAAACGGUGAAUUUAUUUAUAUAUUUUAAUUAUAAAUUUAUGUAUAAAUUCGUUAAAAAACAAUAAAAUCACUCAUUUAUA